AUGGCUCUCACAACGCCUCCUCGCAAUGUCCACCCGGGAGACCUGCUCCUGGUUGUUCAUGAUUUUGAGGCCCGUGGACCGGAUGAGCUUAACCUGCGUCGUGGCGAAAAAAUUGAGCUGGUCGAAUUGGACGAUGGUUUUGGUGAUGGAUGGUAUCUUGGAAAGGAUUUAAACACAGGAACUCAAGGCCUCUUUCCGGGAGUAUACACUACCGCUGCCCCAAAGAUCCCCAUCCGGCAGAAAGACACCCUUGGAUCCAAUUCAUUGAAAACCGACCUCCAUAAUGUGAUAGGGCAGGAGAUAUUCGCUUCACCUAUUAGUGGCGACUCUACGCCCCAAGCUUCGCGACGUGCCAGUACGUCUGAUAUGAGCGCGCCAGAUGUUGAUGAUUCAACGGCCCCGACACCAUCCCCAAAACAACAGCAGAGGUCCAGCUCCUCGCCCUUGCCGACAUCUAAAAUGGCGAUCGAUAUCCAGAAGACCAUCCGACAGUCCAUUGAUGGCCACUUGAGUGGCCAGGACAGCCCUGUGAUGAACGAAACCCUGAGCGUCAUUGAUGAACACAUUACCGAUCUGAGUACACCUCGCCACAGUGUGACUGCUUCUCAAGAUUCUAAGGCGGUGAACGACUCAGCAAGCGAAUAUAGCAGCACUUUCGAGCACCGAAUGUCUUACAUUAACGGUCAUGAAACCGACGAAGAAGAAGAAAAACAGCCGACGGAGGAAGAAGUUCGCCGAUGGAACCAUUCCGACACGGCAAAACAUUUACGCCAGUUGGGACUUGAAGCCAAACACUGUGACAUAUUCGAGGAGCAGGAGAUUACUGGCGAUGUACUCCUUGAUAUGAACCAGGAUUUCCUCUUCAUGAAGGAGUUCGAUUUUGGUGUUAUGGGUCGGAGAUUGAAGACAUGGCAUAAAGUCAAAGCCUUCCAGGAAGAGGUCAAGGGUAUACCGCAGCAGCAAUCGUCACGCGGCUCUUCUUUUGCGACCCCUCAGGAUGAACGUACUCCUAGUCGCGCAAGUCAUACUGGCCCUCUCUUUCCCAGAAUCCCCAAUCUGAGAGGGCCAAACGGCCCGACACAACACCCGCGACUCAUCAGUAGCGCUAUGCAGAGCAACACGGGUUCUCCUCUGACAUCACAAGCUCCAGUAUGGAUGGACCACUCUAGGAGACCAUCGGCCGCGUCCAUUCGUGAGAUUAACCAUUCGCGGCGCCAUUCUUCAAUCGAUACCACCAACCGAUACUCCGGGGUGGGAGACUCUUCUCCUGCCAGCCACCACAAGAAAAGCUCGUUUGAUCGGGGGUGGACCUUGAAUGGGGCUUCAGGAUCCCAACGGCGUCCCGGGUCAGCUCUCGGGGCAACAAACGAGAUUGUCACCCCCCAAUCUGUGUUUCACGCGGCGGAGUCCAAUGGUUCUGACUCGGUUACCGCUGUUAGCGAUGAUUUAGAUCGCGGCUACUUUUCGGGCCCGGAGGGCGAUACCCGAAAGAAUCGGCGCGUCCUACAGAAACGAAGCUCUACCCAUGGCAGUGUUUCCACGCCAUCCAGCAUUCCGGAUGAGCAGUUUCAACUCAAAGUCAACAAACGUCACUCGCGUAUCAAUAGUGCUGAUUCUAUCAGGGAUGCGGCGCAAAUCACACCUCCCGCAGUGAAAGCUUCCCCGCCCAGGGGUCGUUUCAGGAGCUUGAGCACUCGAGCUUCGGACCGGCAUGGCCAGCAGUCAUCUAACCCGCCAUCUGCGGAAGAGAAGUCUUCUGGCUCUGGAUUCUUCGCCGCAUUUUCGUUGGGUGGGAAAAAUAACGAGGAGCAGUCUCAACGCUCGAACACUUUACCUCUACAGGGGAUCAAGAGCGCUGGGCCUAAAUUCCGACGUGCUGUUGGUUUCCGUGCCAUGUCUGAGGCUGUUAAAGGGAUAGAUACCUCCAUCGCUCCCCCGUCUCCUAGUAAAGAUCCUGAAUCGCCCUCUGCUAGAACAGGAUCGACAACCCCUUCGACCACAAAGAGCUCAGAACGGCAUAGCACGGAUGGUUCGGGCAAGACUGCAGAAAACGGUGCUUCCUUGCCACGUGCCCGUACUCUUAGGUCUGGGGCCAAGUCAAAGAAGGAUACCAGCGCUUAUACCCAGGGCCUGGAGAAGAAGACCCCGAAGGAGCAGAUCCAAGGAUGUGAUUUUUCGGGGUGGAUGAAGAAGAAGUCCUCAAACCUGAUGACAACGUGGAAACCGCGUCUCUUUGUGUUGCGUGGUCGUCGUCUGUCGUAUUAUUACUCAGAAGAUGACACCGAGGAGCGUGGUCUUAUCGACAUUACGGCCCACCGUGUGCUUCGCGCGGAUACCGACCCUCUCAUCGCCCUGCACGCGACCUUAACUGGUUCCACAGCCUCGCCAACCUCGCCGUCUGGGUCUACUGCCGAUGGCCCUUCAUCCGAUAAAGCCUCAGGCUCCGAAUCCUCUCUGCGCGGGUCCAAGCCUGUUGGAGAAGGCCCUUUUUUCUUCAAACUCGUCCCACCAAAAUCGGGCACUUCUCGGACGGUGCAGUUCACAAAGCCUGCCAUCCAUUAUUUCCAGGUAGACAGUAUUCAAGAAGGUCGCCUGUGGAUGGCAGCAUUGAUGAAGGCUACGAUCGAACGGGAUAUGGAUCUCCCUGUAGAGACUUCCAAUAAGCAGAAGACUGUUAGCCUUAAAGAAGCCCGUCUAAUGAACCAGCGGCCUCCCACGCUGCUGCAGACGGCACCUACAACCCAGGGGGCAGAGGGGAAAGAGGAACGUUUGACAACCACCACAGAGGAGGAGAGUGGCUUGAGGAUUCAAGGUCUUGGGGAUGAGAAAGUGCCUACCCACGGGGACGAUGACGAGAAGAAACGGGUCUCGAGCCCUCUCGGUGACCUUGAUGUCGGCCCGUCCUCUUUGCUCCCUGAAGCAGUUGCAAAGCUAGAUUGA